CCCUCCACGGCACCCGGCCGGCACUGCGGAGACUCUCCCGGCCCUCGCCGGGCUCUUUUUCGCCCGGAAAGCACUCGGGACUCUUUUCCCCCGGAAGCGGAGCCGGAGCUUUCCCGGUCCCUGCCCGCCGCAGGAAAAGCUCUUCUUCCUCCCCUGGAAGGCCGCUGCGCCGCUUGCCAGCCUCUGUGAUUUAUGUGUGACUCGGAGCAGAAUGGAUCGCUAUCGAUACUUCAUCUUCAACCAGAGGAACAUGGUGGUGCUGGGGAUGUUCCAGAUAGCCCUCAGCACGGUGUGCGUCGUCAGCGGGUUCUUAGAUAGCAUUUUCAGAACAGAGUCUCAGCUGGGCAGAACCAGAGCUCCAAUUUGGGCUGGGAUGGUGAUGGGAGUCCCAGGCGUGCUGGCUUUGUUUUCCUCUCAGAGGAAGAAUCCAAUCCUUGUGAAUGUACUGAUAGUUGCUUCCAUAAUCUCUUGUGUUGCCAUCCUCAUCGUAAUAGGUUACAGCUCCUUUACGCUGAACUAUGGUGAAGAGGAGGAGCUGAGUUCUGCCCCAGUCCAUGUUAUCCACACUAGGUUCAUACUCAGUAAGGUAGUCAAGGGUGCUAACAUAGCCAUGCUGGCUGCAUCUAUCUGCAGUGCCUUUUUCGUGCUGGCCAUGGCUUACUUGGGGUGCCGGAGCCUUCCACGCUGCUCCUGCUACGACAGUGUGACUGGGAUGGAAUGGUUGCAACCUACUGAGGACCAAAAUCAGGCUGUGGAAAUGGUUUGUGCUGUACAAAGCCCUGGGGGCAGGAUUUUCAACUUCCCAGAUCGGUUUCCAGCCCAGGAUGUGGAUGCAGAGGAAGACACAUCCAAACCUCCACCAUAUGUCAGACUGACUUGAGAAAGUGGUUGAACGUUUUGUUCAAAUGUGGCAGAAGAGAUGUAACAAGCUCUUAAUCCUUAAAGAUGGUUAUGCACUUUUCCUUGGCCUCUUGAGAAGCACACACAGAAGGAGAGAACUAUUGAAUGCCAAACAUUCAGCAGAGACCACAGUGCAGAGGAGAAGAUCCGCAAGUGGUUUGGGACGUUCAGGCUUUGUAUAGUUAAAAUACCUCAUUGCCUCUGGAAAGCGUGAGCAUUUUUUUCCUCUGGCUUUUGUACUUAAAUCAUCUUUUAUUUCACUAGAACUCAUCAACCAAUUUGUGUAGCAGUGAAAGCCUUAGCCAUUUAAAUAUUAAAUACAAUUGAAUUUUUUUCAACUGCUGUCUCGAUUUCUCCCUCUUACCGAGUGAAUUAUUUGGAUUAUGUGAUACCCAGAGAACAAUAACGAAGGACCCGCUUCAUCACUGAGCUUCAGAGUGUUUUCCUUGUCUUCUCAGUAGGAGUAGGGGCAGGACAGGUUUUUGAUAUGAAGCCUUGACAAUGCCAUUCAGGUGCCUCUGUCAGAAUGUGGAUUCUGAGAGGUGUACAUGUGUCAGUACAAUCAGUUUUAGUGCUGAAGUGUAAUGCUAGAGUGUGGUAGGAACGGGAGCUGCAGUAGCUCCUCUUACAGAGUCACUUACAAAUACUCUGAACUCAGUUCAGGUUUUUCUAUUGAGAGACUUUGGAGACUGAAAGUUUAAAAGAAAUGC